CAGUUUUUAGUUCAUUAUUGUUGCAACACAGGUCUAGCCUAAGAAUUAAAUAAAAAUGUCUGCUUUCAGAGUAGUAACUACUGCCGUAGUUUUGUCCUUUCUAGUUGUCAUUGCCAGUGCAAGUGCUCCACUGUCCUGUGUCACUUGUGAGGGUAUCGGUUGUUUAAGGACAUCGUUGGUCAAAACAGAGGCAUGCCUUGAUCCUUUGGAUAUUUGUGUGACAAUCUUUGAUGGAUUUGAGGUCGUAAGGAAGGGUUGUUCCCUACAAAUUCCCGUCGAGUUACGCAAAAAAUGUAACAACAAUGGAAUCGAAUGCCAUAAAUGCAACGAAAACGGUUGCAACACUUGGGGACGAGAUGACUAUCGUUGCAUUGAAUGUGAUUCCUCGAGAAAUGCUGAUUGUAAGAAUAAUGCUGCAAAUAUAGCUCCUAUCCGUUGUAAAUCACCAACUUCGCCCAAUUCAUAUUGUUAUGUUCGCACCGAAAACAAUCAAACAAAACGAGGAUGCGCCUUGAGUGUUAAGGAGCAACAAGAUUGCUUUAAGAGUGCCAAUUGUAUGUUGUGCUUGGCAGGAGAUAUGAAAGCUUGCAAUUCAGUUAAUUUCACAGCAGGAUCCAGUAGAGCUUUUUUAAUUUAAAAUAAUAUGCCCUUAGCAAAAAUUUGUAAAAUGCAUGAAAAAGUUUGAUGUUGUUUUGAGAAAUAAAAAUUUAUUAAAAUGUUA